GGACCCGUUAGUACCUGGGACAAUUCUGAAGACACGCUACCCCUCCUACUCGUCAAGUCUGUGGACCGGCUAUCCAGCUGGUCCAUCUAGACCAUCUCCAGUCUAUUCCUCCUUUGCCUGACGCUCAGACACCCAGCUCCUCACCUUUCUCCGCGGUGAUGUCGCGAAGACCCCUGCACGAGGAGACCCCUGUCCGUGACAGCAUGACUCUGUCCAAAGUGGCCGGCACCACGGUCUAUCUCAAGAUAGACAGUUCCCAGCCCUCCGGCUCCUUCAAGAUCCGGGGCAUCGGACACCUCUGCACAACGUGGGCUGAACGAGGCUGUGAACAUUUCGUCUGCUCCUCAGCGGGCAAUGCAGGCAUGGCAGCCGCCUAUGCGGCCAGGAAGCUGGGCAUCCCCGCCACGAUUGUUGUGCCCAGCACCACGCCUGCCCUCACCAUCCAGCGGCUCAAGAAUGAGGGCGCCAUGGUCAAAGUGGUGGGUGAGACAUUGGAUGAAGCCAUCAGGGUGGCCAAGGACCUUGAGAAAAACAACUCAGGCUGGGUCUACAUCCCUCCCUUUGAUGACCCCCUCAUCUGGGAAGGCCACUCUUCCAUCGUGAAGGAGCUGAAGGAGACGAUGACCGAAAAGCCAGGGGCCAUCGUGCUGGCAGUAGGGGGUGGAGGCCUCUUGUGUGGAGUGGUCCAGGGGCUGGUGGAGGUGGGCUGGAGGGACGUGCCCAUCAUCACCAUGGAGACCAUUGGAGCCGAGAGCUUCCACGCUUCCACCAAGGCCGGCAAGCUCGUCACCCUGCCCCGCAUUACCAGUGUUGCCAAAGCCCUGGGCGUGACCACUGUGGCGGCGCAGGCUAUGAAGGUGUAUCGGGAACACCCCAUUUUCUCUGAAGUUGUCUCGGACCAGGAGGCUGUGGCUGCUCUUGAGAAGUUUGUGGAUGAUGAGAAGAUCCUGGUGGAGCCCGCCUGUGGGGCCGCCCUGGCCGCCGUCUACAGCAAUGUGAUUCAGAAGCUGCAAGGACAGGGGAAACUCUGCACCCCUCUGUCCUCCGUUGUGGUCAUUGUCUGUGGGGGCAGCAACAUCAGCCUGGCGCAGCUGCUGGCACUCAAGAAACAGCUGGGCAUGGACGGGCUGCCCCAGUGAGGAGCCUCCCCUGCCCGGGAUGCACCCUGGAAGGAGUGGAGUUUUCUGCAGCAUGACCCAGCGCCUCAUUGUAAACAUUAUUCCCGUGUCUGCUGGGAGCCCGUGGCCCGCGCCAGCUGGUAACCUGGUUCUCCUGAGACCACUGUGUGUGGAGCGGCCAGAAAGGCAGCAGCCAGCAAGGCUGUGAGCAGAACUCUUCUGAGGCUUUGUUUCUCAGGAAGCCCAAAGCCUACCCUUACUCACUUCUCUUAAAUCCACCCCCACCCCCAGCCGUGCCUUGUGGCUUGUGGAAUCUUAGUUCCCUGACCAGGGAUUGAACCUGCACCCUCAGCAGUGACGGCAUGAGUCCAAGCCACUGGACCACUGGGGAAUUCCCUUUUCUGUUGUGCAAAUUUUCAUUUUCGUAAGAAGUGCUUUUUUAUUGAAACAAA